UGUGUGAUUUUAAAGGUUGAUUAGCAUACUAAAAAAGUUCAAUGUAGUUUUGUUUAAACUGAUUGCUUUUAUUUUUUCAUGGUUUUAAAAUUUUUUAUAGACAAUAUUAUCUAUAUUUUAUAACUUGAUUUUACUAAGUCACUUGUUGAUUUCUUGAAAUGACAUUCAUUGGAGAUAAAAUGAAAAAGUUAAAAAUUUUCUGAUGGAGAUAAAUGAUACGGAAAAUGAAAAAGUAGAAAGCUUUCAAACAUCAUUGUUUAAAGAUGAUGGAGAUUCACAGAUAGAUUCGUUACUUGUAGACACCAAAGAAAAGUUUGGAGAUCCUUAUGAUAGUAAAGUAAAUUUAAUGACCACGCCAAAAACAGAUGAAAAUGAUGUUUUGCAUUUGAACGAAGGCAACGAUGAACCAGUCUCACAAUUAUCUUCAAUUACACUUCCUACUUUCAAUCAAUCCUACAACUCCAUAUGCAGUCAGCAAAGUAAUUCUUCAGACCACAAUAAUAAUACAAGCAGCUUUUCCAGUAGUUUGUACGCCAACCCGUAUAUUAGAAGUUGGAGAUACUCUUGCAAAGAGUAUUAUAAGUUUAUAAACCGAUAUCACAUUGGUGAUACUUUAUCAAUAGUCAGCAGAAAAAAGACACAAAUUGAGCUCAGAAAAUAUGGAAUUGAUUGUAUUACAAUUGGUAUAUUUGGCGAACCAGGUGCUGGAAAAUCUGCGUUUUUUAAUUCUAUAUAUUGCGUCAUGAGUGGAAAAUAUACUGAAUAUUCUGCUGAAAGAAAAAUUAAACUUUUGGAUAAAAGUCAUAGCGUGACAGACAGAAGACUUGAGUUAAAAAUAACGGAAGCUAUUACUGUGUUAGAUAAUCGAGGGAACAAUUUUUUGCCUGCUUCUCUAAAUGAGCUUUCUAAACAAUGUGAGGGGUUGCGUGAUAUAGGUGCAGUUGUGCCAGAAAAUUGGAACAGCGGAUGUAAACAAAUUAUAAAAGACUAUUUAGCUAGAUUAAAUAAAAAGCAGCUGUUACGAAACCGUGUUAACUGCUCAAUUAUCGUAUGCAAUCUGCUUCAAAAAUAUGAUUUAGCUGAGAUAAGGUCUAUGGUACGAACGUUACGAAACGCCUGCUUUUCUACACCAGUUAUUGUUCUCACGCACUUCAAGGAAGCCUACAUUAAAGAUCCGGAAAUUCCACUGAAGAGAAGAAUAGAAUUCGAAAGGAUGAAUUGCGCAAGGGUGUUUCAAAUAGACAAUUAUACAUAUGACUCCCAUGAAGCUAAUAUACACACAGAUAGUCAAUUAAUAGAAAUUUUGUUUAACUGUUGUUUAGUAGCUGACCAAUCUAUUCGUGAUACUUUGGCAAUCAAUAAUAAAGGGAUAUGUUGUUAAAUAUUUAAACACUGUUUAACUAAUUUAUAUUGCUAUUUUUUA